ACCUUCACAACCGUGUGUGCUUUGUAUGUAGGGAGACAGGUGUGUUUCAGUGGAGAAAACAGAGUCCUCAUGACGUUACGUUGUUCAGAAAGUAGAUAUGGUUCAUCUGAACAGCAAAGUGUUUCUCUCUCCCUGCCUACACUGGGCAAAUCACUCACCAGCUCCCGGCCUCCAAUCACCUGGGGCUGCAGAGCCUCCACCUCCUUUCACAGCAGCUCACACACCACAUUUAGUUUGCUUUAUCACAUAUUUCAGUAAAAUCACAUAUUUGGGACUACAGAAGUUCAGGACUGGGCAAGAGAAGCAGAAAAUUAGCAGAAGUUUCUCUGUAUAAGAGCUCUCCAUCCACCAUGUUGCCCUGUGGACCAGCUUUGACCUUUGUUCGAUGCCUGGUGCGUAAGAAGAAUGUCAAGGGGGAAGGUCUUGAGGACUCGUUGUGCCGAUGCUUAUCUACGCUGGACCUUAUAGCACUGGGAGUUGGAAGUACCCUUGGUGCUGGUGUCUACGUCCUUGCUGGAGAAGUUGCCAAAUCUAAUUCUGGACCUAGCAUUGUUGUUUCCUUCCUCAUUGCUGCCUUGGCAUCUGUGAUGGCAGGUCUCUGCUAUGCCGAGUUUGGUGCUCGUGUUCCCAAGACUGGUUCUGCAUAUUUGUAUACUUACGUAGCUGUUGGUGAACUGUGGGCCUUUAUCACUGGUUGGAAUCUCAUUUUAUCCUAUGUUAUAGGUACAUCAAGUGUAGCAAGAGCCUGGAGCGGCACCUUUGAUGAACUUCUUGGAAAACAGAUUGGUCACUUCUUCAGAACCUACUUCAGAAUGAAUUACCCUGGUCUGGCAGAGUAUCCUGACUUCUUUGCUGUAUUCCUUGUAUUGCUUUUAUCAGGUCUGUUAUCGUUUGGAGUAAAAGAAUCUGCAUGGGUGAAUAAAAUUUUCACUGCUAUUAACAUCUUGGUUCUACUCUUCGUUAUGAUUUCUGGUUUUGUGAAAGGAGAUGUUGACAACUGGAGAAUAAGUGAAGAAUAUCUCAUAAACCUUUCUGCAAUAACAGAGAAUGUUUCAUCCUACGAGAAUGUGACAAGUAUAUAUGGGAGUGGUGGCUUUAUGCCAUACGGUUUUACAGGAACAUUGGCUGGUGCUGCAACCUGUUUUUAUGCUUUUGUAGGAUUUGACUGCAUUGCAACAACUGGAGAAGAGGUCAAGAAUCCUCAGAAAGCCAUACCCAUAGGAAUUGUGGUAUCCUUGCUCGUCUGCUUCAUGGCCUAUUUUGGCGUUUCAGCUGCACUGACUCUUAUGAUGCCAUAUUAUCUGCUAGAUGAGAAAAGUCCUCUGCCAGUAGCAUUUGCAUAUGUUGGAUGGGGUCCUGCAAAAUAUGUUGUAGCAGUGGGAUCCCUCUGUGCUUUGUCUACAAGUCUUCUUGGAUCCAUUUUCCCAAUGCCACGUGUAAUCUAUGCUAUGGCGAAGGAUGGGUUGCUUUUCAAAUAUCUAGCUCAAAUCAAUUCCAAAACGAAGACCCCACUAGUUGCUACUCUAUCGUCUGGUGCAGUAGCAGCUAUUAUGGCAUUUCUGUUUGACCUAAAGGCUUUAGUGGACAUAAUGUCUAUUGGCACACUUCUUGCUUAUUCACUUGUGGCAACCUGUGUCCUCAUUCUUAGGUACCAACCCAGUUUAACCUAUGAGCAGCCCAAAUAUUCUCCAGAAAAAGCUGCCUUGGCUGCAGCAGAAUCUGCAGUAAGUGAAUCGCAGAUAAAUAUGAUACAGGAGAGUCACUUCAGUCUUCAGACUCUGAUUAAUCCAUCCAGUUUACCUACAGAACAGACUGCAACUACUGUUAACUGUUUAGUGAGUCUGUUAGCUUUCUUGGUUUGUGGCUUGAGUGCUCUCACUACAUAUGGGACUCAUUUCAUUGCUAACUUGGAGCCCUGGAGUAUUGGCCUUCUUGCUGCAUUGGUGGUGCUCUUCAUAGUUACCAUUCUCCUCAUCCAAAGGCAGCCUCAGAACCAGCAGAAAGUGGCCUUUAUGGUUCCAUUGUUGCCCUUUCUGCCAUCACUCAGCAUCCUGGUAAAUAUUUAUCUAAUGGUACAACUAAGCGCAGACACUUGGAUCAGGUUUAGCAUCUGGAUGGCACUUGGCCUCAUAAUUUAUUUUACUUACGGCAUCAGGCACAGUAUUGAAGGUUAUCACAGCGAUGGAGAUGAAGAUUCAUGUUCUGAAAAUAGUGGGCUGCAAGAAAAGAACCCUGUGGAUGAACCUGAAAAUGCAAAUGAAAACGAUAAAUUUCUUGCACAUGAAAGGACAAGUGAAUGUUAAUUUAUGUAAACACACAAGUCUUUUAAACAAGUCUUAUAUCUUUCAUUGAUAUUUUACUUGUGGACUCGAAUUUCAAAAGCUUUCUACCAACACUGUGCCUUUUGAAAGUCUUUACUACAAGGCCUGGCUGAUGCUUUGGACAAGCUGCUAAUCCGUCUUCAUCAUUUCAGAACUGACAGCAUGGAGAUUAAUAUUUAAAUAAAACAAACAAACAGGAGAAGUACCCUUUGGCAAGCAGAAAUCUGGACAUAUUGUUUGAACUGACAUACACAGUUGCUGGCAAUCACAACGUAUAGAGAACUUUAAAACUGCUUGCGAGAAGUUCAGGAUAUUUUACACUGCAUUGUGAGCACAAGUGCCUUUCACACGUCCUCCUUAUUUCUGUUACAUGGUCUGGUGUCCAAAAUAACAAAGCAACUAACUCGCUAUUAAAACUCCAGAUACUAUUUUUUUUUUUCUACAGAAGAAAGAUGGGAGAUAAAUCGAAGAUAAGCCUGGAAAAUAUUUGUGAAACAAAUGAUAAAUUGACAGACCUGAUACUUUGCAAAAUGUAGAAGAUCUUGUAUUUCUAUAAAAAUAGCAAAGAAAGAAUUACUUACUGAUUAGUAGCCAUGACUCACUAAUUAGUAGCCAUUACUUACUAAUUAGUAGCCAUUAAGAACUCAAAUAGAAAAGAUCCUUUAAAGGCUUUAUUUCCCUCUAAAUCCUGCUCAGGAUUUUCACUUCUGUCUUACAUGAGUUCUUUUCAUAUCAGAGAUGCUCCUUAUAUGAAAUGAUACUUCCAAGAGGGGUUAUGUUGUUUUCUGCAAAAACUUCUCUUCAGAAAAAUUAUGCCCCAAAUCUCUACCUUCUUUUCAGAUAGAAGGGAAGCUGAAAAAACUAACAGACCUGGGCUUUGGAAAGAAUGCUCUUCGAAGUUGUAUUUCAGCACUUCACCAAGCCAUAAAAAUAUGUUAGCACAGCAAUUUUUUGUGAGCCAAAUCUACACCUACAAAUCCAUUCAUGUGAGUAGGAUGUUUGAAUGCUAACUUAUGUUAAGAACCAAAUAACUGCAGCAGUGCUGUGUGAACCAUUAUUUUAAAGACAGAGAAAAUGGACACUGUUCUUUCAGUGUAGAAGUCACACUACUUAACAACGACACCCAGACAUUUCAACACUUUUUCACAGCAAAUAAUAGUCUUCAGACCCUUGAAGGAUUCCAUGAUAUGGAAUUAUUUUGCAAGAAGUCAUUUAUAAAAAUAACUUCCCUAAUGUACAAGAGAAUUGUUUUGUACUUUGUCAUGGAAGGUUUUAAUCAGAAGCAUAAUAUUACCAUCACUGGUAUUAAUCUCUGCUGUUGGCUACAAAAAUUUUUAUAUCUUGUCAAAAUGAUGUUGGUUGACAGUGAAAAGCACCUUUUUAUAAUACCUGGAAUUAAAGAAAAAAAAAAAAAAAAAAAAAAAAAAAAAAAGAAAAGAAAAGAAAAAAAAAAAAGGGGGAAAAAAAAAAGACCACUUAAGCUGCUUCUGUCUCUCUCUCUUUCUGUCUUUUUCACAGUGAUAGACUAAUGCUUUUUAAUCUAACAAUGAGUUUUGCCUAAAUGUAAGCCUAAAUGUAGAAGGCAGAAAGAGGAGUGCUUCUUGAUAGAGAACCUUGGAAUGUGCUGAUACCCCAUAGAAGAAUGAAUUUGUAGUCUAAAGCCUGAUGCCUUCUUUGAACUGGAAGGAAAGCAUUCUUUACAGCACUGUUGGUUUGGAAGGGAUUUGUACGAGUUGCACUAGUGGCCUCUGCUGGCUGCUCAGCUCAAGGAGCAGCAACCUGAAAAGAUCUUCACCGCUGCUUGUCUUCUGGGGCAUAUUCCUGGUUUUAUAGCAAUCCAGAGAAAAUCACCAGAAAACAUUUGCUAGAAAACCAAAGCAGAGCACUUGUAGGUGCCUGUGUUUUUCUUUCAAAGUACAGGAUAAGGAGCACACAACAGGAAAACCACCUGCCCUUUAACUGAGGUUCGAGCAUGUGCAUCCUGUAACAGCUGUUGUCCUAAGAACCAUUGUUCUAAAGUCUGGUGCCCCAUAAAAAUGGCUGUGACAGAGGAAGAAGAGAAGCUAUAGAGUAAGUGACAAUGCAGUCCUGUUUCUUACCAUAUCAUAAUCCAUCCUAAUACUUAUAAGUUAUAGUCACUUCUUUGGGCAAUUUGUCAUUGUUUUCCAAGAUGCUGUUAAAGAAACACUAAAAUGUCCUACUAGAGUCAUACAAGUAGAUUAUAGUCUAUGUGAAAUGUUUUGAUGAAAGAAAUAAAUAGUAAUCUUCAGGGCAGUGCUCAGAACAACUGAUAAGUUUCAGAACCUUUCCUCAUUGAAUGAAGGAGUCAUCUGUGUCAGCUGGAUCUGCCAUUUUAAUUGUAUUUCUCAACUAGGUCCCACUGUUAUGAAAAAGUGAUGAAAGAACUAUGUGUUCUUGUUUAAAACAGAAGAUAAAUAUGGACUUUCUAGGCUCCAAUAAGGUAAUCCUGGCAGACUGAAACAAAUGCUCUAUUAAAAAGAAAAGAAAGAAAGAAAAAGAAAAAAGAAAAUGAAUGUAUGAUGUAUGUUCUGUUGAAAUAGAAAUACUGAUAUUUUCCUGAUUUGUAACUACUCUUUCAUGAGCACAGCUUCUUCAGUGGCUAUUUUUUAGAGGGCAUCCUUACCUGUCCUUCCCAACUUGAAAAUGUCCUGCUGUUAGGGCAAGCCUGCAGUGCUCAGCUGAAGCUUUUGCACAAUGUUUUUACAAGCCUACAAUGGAAGACAGCUCUUUAAAAUUCUUUGCACAUCUUGGUGUGUGGGAAGCAGAGACAUUUUUAUACAGAAGCUGGAUCACAGAGCAGGCAAGUCAGGCUCCUGGGCUGCAAACUGCUGCUGUGCAAGGAAGAUCCCAUCCCCUCCCAGCACCAUCAUGUAGAAAGGAUGUGUGCCUGCCUGUCUAUAUGCUUGCAUCGAUCUGACAUUAUCCCAUAGUGAUUUUGAUGUACUGACUAAUUUCUAUACUGCGCUGGAAUUUCCUUUGAAGGGAGGCUGCCAAUGUAAAAAAGUUAUGACUAAAGCAAGCUCUAACUAAGGCUUUUGGAGACAGGUGAGAGAAAUUUUUCAGCUUGUAUGUAUUUUGUAUAUAAUGUUUCCUCCUUCAUUUCAAUAUUAUUAGUUAUAGUAGUAAAUUAUAUGAAAAUAAUGUGAUUGUAACAAAUGCUGUGAGGGAGACUGGGAGCAGCUGCAGCACAGAAACUACCCAGUUAACUAAGAAAUAAAAUGAAAUGAAAUGAAAGGAAAAUAAUUGGGUAUUAUUGGUUGCUUCAACUGCACAAGGCUUAUUUAUAUGUGUGUAGUUAAUGCCAUUAAUAAUCCAUGGCUAAGAACACUAUAAGCCAGAAGUGAGAUAUGAAUGCUAAUUCUGAUGUGCAUUUGUAUGUGUAAUCUCGAAAUUCCAGAUGUUAGCAGAGCAGGCCCUGUGAGGGGCAGCCAUUCUGCUUCUUACACAGGGGGCAUGUGUGAAACCAACCCCCAGUUCUGUUCUCAUGUUUGCUAUGUUUGCCAAGAGAGCAGCUGAAAGCACAAGUCCAUUGGAACUAAAUUGUUAUUUUUUAACAUACUCAUAGUUGUUGGUACUGUAAAUUAUUCUGUGCAAAUAAUGAUGGCAUGUAUUUAUAUAUAUAUAUAUUACUGGAGGUAGUUUUUUGUCUUUUUCUUUAUGGAAAUAAAUCCUUGAAAAACUAUAUUUGCAUAGGUACACCUGAGAUAUGCCUUUAGAUAUAGGAAUUAUUUUUUAUCAGAUUUAGGAAAGAAAAUAGAAGUAUAUUUAAAGGAGAACAGGUAAAUCCUUGUUCUCCCCUGAAGAAGCAUAGGAGUUAUAAAACGUUUAUGCAUAAUUCACAUCACCUAAGGUGAUUUUCAUGUGAUAUUCCAAAUUCUAGUCCUAAUUCUGCAACAGGAAACAAAGAUCAGUACUAGUGGUACAGGGUUACUUGUCUAUAUACUUAUGAGCUUAACUGUGCCGUGCAGAAACUUCAAAUGGUACAAUUAAUUUAGAAACAAAAUAUGGUAAAGCUUCAAUAUAUAUUUCUAUAUUUUAUGAGAUGAUGAAUGUAAAAGUCUAGCCACCUUUUUUCCAAAGUUUAUGGAAGGGUAUACAGCUAUUUAAGAAAUGAAAUGCAUACUGUUUUCAUGGAGAUGUUUAAUAAGUGCCAAGAUCAGAUGUCCUGCAAGCAUCCCAGCCUGGGUGAGAUCCUGACAGCGCAGGAAAUCUGCAUGGGACUGUGCAAUCAUGUUAAUCCUGUCAGAUGCCCGUGACACUUGAGGGUGUUUUGAACAGUACAAAUUUAAUUCACGUGAUGUCUAGCAUGUGUUACUUAGUUACAUAAAAACAAAUGUAAAGCACCUUUUAUUGUAAGGCCAUGGUUCUUCCCAGGCCUGCCAGGAGGUUGUACAAAUUGCAGAAUACUCACUGGGGUUACUCAGUGUUAAGUAGAAGCAGCAGGUGAUACUCCACAUAAUGUAGGAUUUUGUAUUCAUUUUUAAUUUUCUGUGCCUUUAACGUUUCUUUCUGGUACAUAUUUUAAGGACCUCUGCGUUUUACAUAGUUGGACCUUUCCAAAGCAAGAUAUAAUGCCCUCACCAUGUCUUAAUCUGUUUUCCAUUUGAUUUUAGAAAUCAAAUUCUUCAGCAUCAACUAAGCUGAAGGAUAUCUGUGCUUACACAUGUAUUACAAAGAACUACGUGUAUAUAUAAUUGUCUAUUUCUAUUGUUGGACAAAUUCUGUUGUCUUUUAUGUUUCCAUUGAGGCUUGUGUGAGGCAAACUCCACCCUCAGCAACAGAAAGUGUAGCUGCAGUCAGGAUGUGAAAGUUUAGGAGGGCCUCUUUCUUUUGUAUUAACAGAAAGUAAAGCACUAAAUAUGUGCUACAUAUCUUUAAGAAUAGUUAUGUGUGCUCCAUUUUAAGAAACGUUAGUUUAUAUACGUUUUAACUUUUCUUCUUGUCCAUGUGUUGUAACGAUUACGUCUGUGUGAUGUGCUGCUGAGCAUUUAAAGUGUCGACAGAGUGACUGUGAUGCAUCUUAAAGUACAGAUUUCUGUUUGAGUUCUCUAGCCAAAAGGAAAAGCCUUAAAUUUUUGUGAAUGUCGAAGUGCAUGUAUUUAAGAACAUGGUGCUUGUUUAUUCACUUUUUCAAUAAGAUUUAUAAUCAGCAAUAUUUUCAGUUACCUUAGUUUCAAAUCUGAUGGAAAUCAUAUUGCUUUUCAUAUACUGUAAGAUAUGCUUCACGGGAUAACAAUUGUGCAUUUGUUCUGUAUUUUUUUAAAUAAAGCUGAGUAUCACUUGUAUGUACUUCAUACAACA